GAUUUACUCUAGGUGACAGGUCAAACAAAUGCAUUGUGACUGGAAACCAACAGAUGGCAUACAAAGACCCCGAAGAACAAGCUGUACUUGAGAUCAAGAUUUACUGAACUGCAUAAAAAAUAAUCACCAGCAAUGUGAAAUUAGAUUUCUCUUCCAAAAAGACUACAGACAUCGUCAUUAUGGGCUUUGAGAAAAUACUGCACCACCUCUGGUUCAUAAAAGACAUUUUUGAGCUAAUUCUUGGUGCUGUCUUUUACUUUUUUGAAGCCUUCGUUCGAUUCUUUAUUCCACGUAGCAAGAAAGAUGUUGAGGGAGAGAUUGUUUUGGUUACCGGGGCUGCAAAUGGGAUUGGAAAACUGAUUGCCAAAGAACUUGGACACUAUGGAGCAACAUUAGUUCUGUGGGAUAUAAACUCGGAGGCACUGGAGAAGACAGCCAAGGAGUUGAAGCAAGUACUAGAUGUGCGUGUUUAUGCCUACACCUGUGACUGCAGCCGAAGGAGUGAGGUCUACAGAGUUGCUGAAGUGGUCAAAAGGGAGGUUGGAGAUGUGUCAAUCUUGGUCAAUAACGCUGGAAUGGUAUCAGGAAAAUACACUUUUCUUGAAGCCCCUGACAGUCUGGUGGACCGGACACUACGGGUCAAUGCUGCUGCUCAUUUCUGGACUUACAAGGCAUUUCUCCCAGCAAUGUUGGAACAAGACCACGGGCACCUGUUGUGUGUGGCAUGCCAUGGAGCCUUGUUUGCAAUGAAUGGCCUUGCAGACUAUUGUGCAAGCAAGUCUGCAGCAGUGAGAUUUGCAGAAUCUAUUGCACUGGAGCUGCUUGUACUUAAAAAGGAAGGGAUCAAAACAACAAUAGUGUGUCCUUAUUUAAUUAAUACAAACAUGUUUGGCGGAUGUCAAACUAAGAGACCGUUCUUUCUUCCUGUCUUGGAGCAGAGAUAUGCAGCAAAACAGAUUGUGGAUGCCAUACUGCAGGAGAAGAUGUACUUGUUGUUGCCAUCAAGUCUGUCUCUUUUGAUGGCACUUAAGAGUGUCAUGCCUGCCAAACUGGGGAUCAUCUUUGUGAACUUCUUUGGUGGCAUGGAUCUAAUGGACCAUUUCAGAGGAGUCCCUACCCAUAAUCAGCUACAGAAAACCUCAACGGCAAAGAAACCCCUCUUGUCUAUUACAACUAGCAAGAAGUUGCAAAACAUCAAUCAAAACGAAUCAGCAGUGAGUUCAUUUCAUUAAAAGUUGUACAGAAUGUU